AUGAGGGACGGUCCCGCAAUCGCGAUGCUGCUGCUGCUGGCCGCAUUCCUCCUAGCGGCACAGCCAUCCAGUGCAAGCCGCGAAUCAGUUUGGCGCAACCUGAACCGCGCAUGGCGCAACGGAAGAGAGAACUCGCACCUCGCCGCUCCCUCUAGGGAAAACUCUGGAAAACUGGCGACGCCAGCUGCAGACGGAUCCGCGGUCUACAUCGUUCGCCUGAGCACGGCGCCUCCCCUCUCCAAAUAUCGCGGCGGAAUCGCGGGCUACCCCGCGACGGCCACGUGGGACGACGGCAGCGACGAGGAGGACAGUGAUUCCGUGCCGGAGAUGAUUCUCUCCGCCGACGACUCCGCCGCCGUCGCAGGCGACGAAUCCGUCGAUCUGGACGACACCAACGGCGACAACCUCCUUCCCAACGCAACUGUGCCCGUGCCGCCCGUAAACGGCACAUCUGACGCCGCCGCCACUCCCAACACUCGCGGCGGUCACGGCGGUCGUGGCGGUAACGGUAGCGGACGUAACGGCGGCAGCGGGUGCCCGCGGCACCGGCUGAGUCUGAGCAUGGACCGUCCCCAGGUGGCGGCGUACGCGGGGCUGCUGCAGCGGCAGCAAGCGCAGGUGGCAUCUGAGGCGGGCGUACUCGAUGACGGGCUGCUCUACAGCUACAAGCACACGUCCAACGGCUUCGCCGCGCGCCUCACGCCAUACCAGGCGUGGCGGCUGCAGCGCCAUCCCGCGGUGGCGUCCGUCCGCGCCAGCCGCGUGUUCCGCCGGCAGACCAGCGACUCGCCGCAGUUUCUGGGGCUGCCCGGGAAGGUGUGGCCGGCAGUGGGCGGGCAGAGCAAGACGGGCGAGGGCACGGUGGUGGGGAUCGUGGACUCGGGUAUCUGGCCCGAACACCCGUCCUUCAGCGAUAAGGGCUUCUCCUCGCAGCUGCCAGCGGGGUGGAAGGGCAAGUGCGAGCAGUCGAGCUCGUUCCGGUGCAACAACAAGUUGAUCGGCGCCAAGGCCUUCUAUGCUGGCUUCCAGCAGAGCAGCGGAAAGCCCGUGUUGACCAACGACUGGCUCACGCCGCGAGAUGCGGACGGCCAUGGCACGUGGUGCGCGGGGGCAGCCGCGGGAAACCCCGUGAAGGUGAAGGGCGGCGGGCAGGUGAGCGGCAUGGCGCCGGCAGCGCGCAUUGCGGCGUACAAGAUCUUCUGGACGGACCGCAACGGGGACAUGUACGGCACGGAAUCAGACAUCAUCGCAGCCGUGAAUCAGGGCGUGGCGGAUGGUGUGGAUGUGCUGUCGCUGUCUCUGGGGGUCGUGGAUCCCAACGACAACUAUUUCAACGAUCUCGCUUUCAUGCGCGCCAAUGCUGCCGGGGUGUUUGUCACCUUUGCUGCCGGCAACGCCGGGCCUCCCGGGCGUGGAGGCUUCUACCGCACGCUUGACAACUUCGCGCCUUUCUACCUCACCCCCUCCGCCACGGCCCAGCCGCCCAAGCCAGGCAACGCCAUUCUGAAGCCCGACAUCAUCGGCCCGGGAGUCGACCUCGUAGCCGCUGUUCCCGGGAACAAACCCGGCGACACCGGCGGUCUCGGCCGCAUGUUGGGCACUUCCAUGGCCACCCUGCAUUUAGCGGGGCUAGCCGCUUUAAUCAUCCAGAAGUACCCCAGCUGGACCCCGGCGCAGGUGAUGUCAGCACUGAUGACGACAGCGCGGGUGACGGACACGAGCAAGAGCCCAAUCAAGAGUUCGACGGGUGGGGAGGCCACCCCGUGGGAGAUGGGCGCAGGCCACGUGUUCCCCCCGGCCAUGCUCGACCCCGGCCUCACCUACGACGCCCGCGACCGCGACUACCAGAAUUUCCUCGCCGGGCAGGACUUCAACCGCGCGAAAAAGGAGUUCCCAGGGGUGGCGCUCUCGCCUCUGGCUGUUCGGAACCUCAACCUGCCCACUAUCACUCUGCCUCGCCUGCAGGGCUCCCUGCAGGUCACCCGCACCGUCACCAACGUGGGGCAGUCUCAUUCCACGUACAGUGUAUCUGGGAAGUCCCCGCAGGGCGUGAAGGUGACUGUGGGGCCUAGGAGCCUCAUGCUGGCUCCCGGGGAGAAGAAAAGCUACACGCUGACGAUCACGGUGGAUACCCCCAGUAAUGACUUCAAGUACGGGUAUCUAGUCUGGGCUGACAACCAGGGCCACAGCGUGCGGUCCCCCCUUGUGGUGCAGCCCAUAUCCCGCUGA